AAAAGCUAAUCACUGAUUGGUUGCUAUAGGUAACUGCCCAUGGGCUUAUUUGCCCAGUGUUGAUAAAUGAGCCCCAAUGUGCUUUGUGUGAAGCUGUAUAUCACUUCUUAUACCGUGCCUUCUCUCUUUAAAGACUUUAGUUUAGAGUCCUAAUAAUUUACAUGUUUGCUGUGUUGUGAGAAUAACUCUGACUUUGGGUGGUUGCUGUAAAAGGUAGAUUAGAGCUGUAAGUGGAAUAUUGGCUGGGACUUGGAGAAAAGUUUUGGAAUAGGAGGGCUUUGAAAAUGUAUUGUGUUUUUGUAGAGAUGCCAUGGCGCAUGCCCAGCUUAAGGGUGCUUUAUAGAACAGAGAGACAGACUGCUGUAUUUGGAUGGAUAAUUUUGGGAGGCCGUUGGAUAAUACGGGCUGUGCUUGAGCUCUUUCCCACUAUAUACUUCCUAGGGUUAUAUGAGGACACUGAAAUAAAUCAGCUGCUUUCAGCCAACCUCCAAACUCAUUCUAACAGCAACAGAGCCCUCCCACUUCUUCUGUCUCUCCGCUCUCUAACACUUGGGUUCCACCUAAACUUCCCAGAUACUUCUGUCUCACUCUCUGCAUUGCCUCUGCAAAGCCUCAUCUCCAGGUGUCUCUUGCAGCUGAUGGCAGAGAUGUUCUUGCAAUGAGGCACGUGGUCUUGAUAUAUAUGAAGCAACAUGGAACAAGCACAACACAGAAAUAGCACCAAAGAUCAUAUGCAGAGACACAGAAGAAGUAAAGCAAAACACAGUCCUCAGGUUGCCAAUGAAAAUAAGAAUCCAGCUGCACUAAUGCAAUCAAUGUGUCAGCCAGCACCCAGCCCUCUUUUAAGUGGAAAUGAAAAAAAAGAUUCUGUUUUGCAAAAUUCUGAAGAAGGUCGAAUCGUUAAAGUGGAAAUGGAAGAAAAGAUGUUGAAAAAAAAGCUGAAGGCUCAUCCAGAAAUCCCAGGUUUAAACCUUGAGAAGUCUGCAAAAGAUCUUCAACGCUGCUCAGUUUCCAUAAGCAGAUAUCGUGAGAUGGUUAAAGAAGAGGUGGAGAUCUCUGUGAGAAAUAUCAAGAGUACUUUUACUGAGUUAUACAAGAGUCUCAUAGACCGAGAAGCUCAGUUGAUGUUGGAAGUAGAGAAGCUUAAAUGUGAAGCUUUGGAAAAUUUGUUGGCCCGAGAGCGGAAAGCAGAGGAACUGAGAAGAUUCACAGAGUUCUCCAGCCAAAGGACGGACAUACAGAUGGUUGAACUGAGAUCCCAAAUUAAGCACUUUGUAAGUGAGCGCAAAUAUGAUGAAGAACUACUUAAGACAGCAAGAGUUUCAUAUGAUGCGGAGGAACUGAAGCGCCAGAUUCUCACCUGUGGAGAAAUUUCUCAUCCUAAAAACAGUUAUUCUGCGAGGCAAGAAUGCAACCAAAUGUUUUCAUUUGAGACAGACAAUAUCACUGAAACCAACCCUAAAACACAGUGCGAACAUAUGCAAAAACCAGCACACAACAGGAAGAGUUACGCAGAAAGCACUAAAAUUGCAAAUGCUGUUUCCAAAGAGCCUCUGGAUUCUACCAACCUUUCUGCCUGUAUAACUAAGCAGAGAGCAGGAUAUUCCCAGCAGAGAAACCCUGCACCCAAAUUGCAGAGGGUAAGACUGAAAGAGCAGACUGAGCAUGUUAAGAUGGAGGAAGCAGCUCAGAGCUGUAGCGCUGUUUCUACAAAUGAGAAGAUAAGGGGGCAGCACUACACCCGCAGGAAUAAGUACAGAAGAGGCUUACAUAAUAAUGAGCCACCUUCAGCUGAGGACAACACCAAGCACAGGAGGGAUGAAAGACAAGUGGGAAAACGAACACCUCCUCAAAGUGGCUCUUUUUCAUCAUCUCCUUAAUCUUAAUGAUUCAUAUGUUACCUAUCAACUGAUGGUCACUUUUGUUCAUAUCAGCAAUAGCCUCUGCAUGGUCUGCUAGCAAAUCCAAAGAUGGUGUCUGAUUUCUGUCAUUUCUAUGUGUUUUAAAAGAAGUUUUUAUCAAAGAGCAAACUCUGACCCAUUGAUCAAUAUGCUCCCAAAAAUCCCACAUAUUUGCUUAAUAUAGUUUUUUCGAAGGGCUCUGCAUGCAUAGAUGUUCCUGCUCAAGCCUCUCUGUAACCCCCUUCCCCCGCCGUGUGCUCGCAUCUGAGCUCGAGGAAAUGGGGGCCCGGACCGCAGGGUCUGCUUCCUCUAUAGUUACGCCACUGGCACUGUAGCAGAAAUGGCUGGCGAUGAGGAAUGUCAUGUACAAAUACGCUCUUUGUGCACAAACACGAACUUUAUGUUAGAUGUGUAAAUGGAUAUGAAUGCCACAUAUUUUCAAUAUGCAACUGUUUAUUUUGUGUUCAGCUACAUUGUAUAAUGCUGCAGAGUACUUUGCUGCUUACAUACAUAAACUUAAAUAAUAAUAAUUGUACUUUCUGGAAACUAUUUAAUCUUAGGCUGCUGCCACACCAGGUGGAUCUUCAGCCUACGUUUAUCAGCCCCUACACUAUCUGAUGUGCCUUCAGUGGCCAAUGUGCAGGCACAAAGAGCAGAUUUCUGCACCAAAAUGCAUACUCACAUUCUUUUCAUUCUGUGAAAUACUCUAUUUACAAUCUAUGCUGCUAAACCAAGUCACUGACCUUGUCCCUGUCAGAGCGACUUGGGUGGUGCUAUCAGUUCUUUUUAUAUAGGCCAAAAAAUCCAUUACUUUGGAAAGUUCCCUUUCCCACUACAGUAAUCCUCUGGCAAGACCAGGCAAAUCAAAUGAUAUUAAAUGAGGCUGCCUAGAAAAAUUCAAAAAAAGCCUGGCUGAAGCAAGAGUAAAUGAACAUAUAAAAAUGUUUGAACAAGAAAUGUUACACUGUUUUUCUUCUUUUUCCCUUUUACUUAUCUUUAUAUAAUGUAGAUUAUUUUUAGGAAAGAUAACGGACGUUCGUUGAGAGUGAGUAAUGGCAGUUAAAAUUGCAAAAGUUGUAUUUUAUUGAUAUCAAGUUGUAAUAAAGGAAAACUUGACAUAAGCAAAUAUAAUGAUGUAAGCGAUGUGUAGAAUGUAAAACACUGUACAAUGUAUGUAUCUUGAAUUUCAACUAAUAAAAAAAAAAAAAGACGAGCUAUAACAAAAAGAUUGCUGGAAA